CCCGUCAGAAUUGAAGUCAGUCAGUUAGUCAAUCACAACAGUGCAGAGCUGUUACAUUGAUCAGAAUCAUCUUAUUUAUUCAUCCUCAAGACCAAAAAGAGUCAUUUAAUCUAUAAUAAUGUCUGCACCAAAGAAAGGAGACCUGACCGAUACUGAGAAAGAGCUGCUUCGAGUUAUUGCUGCAGGGAAUGUGCAAGAAGCGUCCAGGUUGCUUGGAUCCAAAGAUGUCAGGGUCAACGCUCUGGAUGAGUAUGGCAUGACCCCCCUCAUGCAUGCUGCAUACAAGGGAAAGGCAGAUAUGUGCAAACUGUUACUGCAGCAUGGAGCAGACGUCAACUGCAACGAGCAUGAACACGGCUACACUGCACUCAUGUUUGCAGGGCUCUCAGGAAAGACAGACAUCACCUGGAUGAUGUUGGAUGCUGGAGCAGAGACGGAUGCAGUGAACUCAGUUGGCAGAACGGCUGCACAAAUGGCAGCUUUUGUUGGGCAGCAUGACUGUGUGACGGUCAUCAAUAAUUUCUUCUCCCGAGCAAGGCUGGACUACUACACAAAACCCCAGGGGCUGGAAAAGGAACCGAAACUCCCUCCCAAACUCGCUGGACCAUUGCACAAAAUUAUUAUGAGUACCAAUCUCAAUCCUGUAAAGAUAGUAAUGUUGGUGAAGGAAAACCCUCUGCUGAUGGAUGUGGGGGCACUUGAGAAGUGUCGCAAGGUUCUGGAGCUGAUCUGUGAGAAAUGUGUGAAGCAGCAGGAUAUGAAUGAGGUGUUGGCCAUGAAGAUGCACUACCUCAGCUGUGUGCUGCAGAAAUGCGGCUCUUUCCUAAAAGAUCGGCAGGACAAACUUGAUGGCCUCAUCAAGAGCCUUCUGAAAGGGCGAGACAGCGACGGCUUCCUGGUGUUCCAGGAGAAGUUCAUCCGGGAGUGCAUCCGGAAAUUUCCAUAUUGUGAUGCUACGUUAUUACAGCAGCUGGUUCGGAGUAUUGCUCCAGUGGAGAUUGGUAAUGACCCCACGGCUUUGUCAGUGCUCACUCAGGCCAUCACGGGGCAGGUGGGUUUCAUGGACGCAGAUUUCUGCACCUCCUGUGGUGAGAAAGGGGCAGAGAAGAGAUGCUCCAUCUGCAAAAUGGUGAUCUACUGUGACCAGGCUUGUCAGAAGAUGCAUUGGUUCACCCACAAAAAAGUUUGUAAGAUGUUACAGGAGCAGAGAGAGGAACAUGAAGCGGAGUCAGCCAUGCGACUACAAAAACAGGCGAAAGUAGCAAAGGAAAAUCAAGCAUUGGAGGAGACGACUGGCACUUUGGAAGAGCUCUCAGUCAGUCAGAGUGACACCACCAGCCCUUCAGAUAACCAAACUGAGGAUGUUACCUCUGACACGGUCCCUGUUACUGCAGACUGAGUCACAGAAUUUACUGUACCCUAUAGACACAGGUUCAACCCAGCAAGUUUAUUGUUGUUGUCAUCAACAUUAUCAUCAAAGAUCCAUUUAAGCCAAAAGAGAGCCGAUCCGUGACCUUGCCCAGAGGUUACAACAGCAUUGUUCAUGAUUCUUGCGGAAGAUGCUAUUCUAAAGCACAUACUGUAACAGAAAAAAAAACCACCAAAACAAUUUUCCACACAAAUGCACUGGAUGAAGAGUCCAUGGGAGACAAAUAUAGAUUUCUUUUUAUGUUGAAAAUAUUUGUAUUUAUGUUUUUGAAAAUCAUGGUCUCAUAACGGAUUUAUUGUUGACAGUCGUAAGUGUGAUGUAGGUUUUGCCUUCGGAAAGAUAAUGUAAUACUAUAUUGCGGCAAGACGUUGAAGCCUACGCCUUAAAUUUCUCUUUCUGUAGUUAUGACAGGAGAUAAGAUUCAUAGAAGUUGGUAACAGCUUAUAAGGCAAAUAAUUUCCUGUCUUAAUAGUAAAGCUGUAGAAUUCUAUUUAACGCUCGUGUUGUGUUCGUUUUGUGCUGACACAUUUUGUGUUCCCGGUCAAAAAUGACCGGCCCACUAAGAUUGUUUAUAAAUCUCUCAUAUUGCAUAUGUUAUCACAAGAUAUUGUAUUAGAUCUUUUUAUCAUCUUCUUUUUAGGAAUUAUGACAGUUUUUGUACUCCUUUUUUGAACGUAUAAAUAUAUUAUUAUUAUUAUUAUUAU